AUGGUAUCCAUUGAUCCAAUUUUGUUCAGCAUGUUCUAUUCGAUACUGGUAGGAGAAGAACCCGACUCGGUAUUUUUCAAAUCAAAUUCUAAACCCUCACCAUCUCCUCUUAGAAAUUCUAGGUUCUCUCUUAUGACAACUUCUCUUAAUUUUAUAAAUCCUAGGAAUAAUAAUGGACAAACAGUCCCUAGGUCAACCUUCCAUUGA